GGCAACUUCGGCAGCGACUGCGUAAUAUCCUCCAGCCUCUCCACUCAAAGUACACGCCGCUCGCAGGCUGACUUCACACUUCAGAAAACCGGAGCGCCCAGUCAACCUAAACCCAGCAAGGGCUGUAUCGGAUUAACCGGUUAGUGGGCGCCGAAUCUUCGAGCUGGUGUCACGGUUUGGAAAGCACACAUUUGGUGGAAAGUAACUCUUGCUUCAAGGUCCGGAGAUACAAUGCUCUGCACUGAUUUAACACUCUGAAAAACAGCUCGGUGGCCUGGAAGUCAUGGGAAGUAGACCGAGCAAGUCAAGGCGCUUCACCAGUACCGUGGUUCCAUCAAACCUGAACAACCAACCAACAACAGAUAUGAGCCAAAUUAUGGUGGUGGUGGCAUUGUAUAAUUACCCAUCAUCGUCUGACGUUGAACCUGUUAUUAAUGUGGGCGAGAGGUUGAACGUUCUUCAUGAGGAAGGUGAUUGGUGGAAAGUGGUGUCCAUGGCAACUGGCAAAGAAUGUCACAUUCCUUGCAAUUACGUGGCAAAGGUGUAUCACAGGUGGCUGUUUGAAGGCAUUACCAGAGAGAAGGCAGAGGAGCUUCUCUUGUUACCCAGCAACCGGUCUGGCUCUUUCAUGAUUAGAGAAAGUCAAACCAGGAAAGGCUUCUACUCAUUGUCUGUGAGAAGAUCCAAUGUUGCAUCAUGGGAUUCCAUCAAACACUACCGCAUUAACCGCCUGCCCAAUGGCUGGUUCUACAUCUCCCCGCGUCUCACUGUCCCGUCUCUGCACGACAUGGUGGACUAUUACUCAGAAUGUGGCGAAGGACUGUGCUGCACCUUGAAGGAGCCGUGUCACAUCCAGGGGCUCCUGGCCUCCCAGCAACAACACCCAGAUCCCAUCGUGGUGCGGAAACCUCAGCUGAACUGGAGUGAGGUGGACAGCUCCGUCUUGAUAGACAAUGACAAAGAGUCGGGAGAAGAGUCGCCCGUCAGUGUGGGUCUGCGGGAAGCCAUCAACUCUUACCUGUACAUGACCGAGGAGAUGAGACUGGAUGAGAUGAGUGACAGAAAAACUCGGUUGAAAACGUUGCAAACCCGGCUGCGAAGCAGCCAGAGACAGGCUGGUCAGAACAGGGAUGGGAACUUCGCUGUCCUUGAUUUCCGCUCUGCCAGAUAACUAGUGUGAAGAAGAUGGAUCAUUUCUGUCAAGGACUUCAUUGUGCUCACUUUAAUUUAUUUACCAUUUAAUAUUCCAGAGCAGUUGAGCUGCUUGUUAAUUUUACCUGUAUUGUUUUUCUCGGUGAAAGAGACCCAACGUCCUACUUGUGCCACUGCAUUGUAUUAUGAUCAUGUGACAAUUUGCCUCGGCCAGUUACGUGGCCUUUUACACUCAGAAGCCACUUUAUUAGGCACAUCCGUUUGCUAAUGCAAAUAUCCAAUCAGCCAAUCACGUGGCAGCAACUCAAUGCAUAAAAGCAUGCAGACAUGGUCAAGAGGUUCAGGCCAAAUAUCAGAAUGGGGAAGAAAUGUGAUCUAAGUGACUUUGACCUUAGAAUAAUUGUUGGUGCCAGAUCGGUGAUUUGAGUAUCUCAGAAACUGCUGAUCUCCUGGGAUUUUAUUGCACAACCGUCUCUAGAGUUUGCGAGGAUGGUGCAGAAAACAAAAAAAAUCCACUGAGUGGCAGUUCUGUAGGUGGAAACCCCUUGUUAAUGAGAGAGGUCAGAGGAGAAUGGCCAGACUGGUUCAAGCUGACAGGAAGGUGACAGUAACUCAAAUAACCACGUGUUACAACAAUGGUGUGCAGAAGAACAUCUCUGAAUGCACAGCAUGUCAAACAGCAGCAGAAGACCACAGGAGAUGCCUAACAAAGUGGCCUCUGAGUGUAUUUUACUCCAUCUCCAUGUCAUCAUAGAGAAUUGUUAUAGAGAAGGGGAAACCAGAAUCCAUUUUAACUCCCUUUACUCUUUGGGUGUCCGAAGAGCAUACUCCCUGGUAACUCCAGAAUUAGAAGCUUGGGUUGGAUCGAUUUGCUGUCCUUUUGGAAUGUGACUCAUUUGCAAGAGGUUGCAAUGAAAGUCACUGUGGAUCUAUUACACUUUCUGUCACUAAUACACAGAUCACCUGCCAACAGUCUAACAUAGAGUCAUGGCAAGUCUGAAAGUCUUCCCUUUCAUAGAAUUGAGUUUGCACUAAAAAAGGCCAUUCACUCCACUGAGUUCAUGACAGCUUCACAAGCCCAUUCUCUUGCCUUUUCUCUGCUCUGCAAAUUAUUUUCCAUCAAGUGUCUAUUCAAUUUAAUCUUGAAUAACCUUCUAGCUUUAUGAGGAUGAAGUUCUAGUUCAUAUCAUCUUUUAUGCAAUAAAGAUUUUCCUCACAAUUUCCCUGUAUCAUGUACCUCUCAAUUUUAUACCUUCCCUGAGCCCCAAGAUAUCCACGAGAUAUUCAAUGGAGCAGUUGCCAUUGUGUGAAGCCCAUCAUGUCCUGGUCCACCUCUAUUAAAUCUCCUUUUUACCAUCACUGGUCCAGGAGAAUAACCCCAGUUUUUCCCUCAUCCUUGGAAAUAUUCCAGUAGGUCUUCUGCACCUUCCAGAGACUUCUGUUGAUGUCUGGGUCAUAUCCACACCCUAUUCUCCACGGGCUUCAAUGGGAUUGAAUGCCCACCAAUGGAAAAAAAACAUGCGCACUUGAAAACUCCCAUCAAAAGAGAGCGCCUACCACGCAGAGGAGGUCCAAUCAGAUUACUGUGUGAUCGAUUUGCCACAUGUACACUUACCAUAUUCUUACAAUUGAUCUGAUACAGUAUAGAGAGAUCUUCACCAAGCUCCCGAUCAUUUUUAUUAACUAAAACAAAGCAGAUUUAGGUUAGUGUGGACCCUUGCAAACACCAUGAGACACAAUUGAUGCUUACUCUCAGUUUCUGUUGACAGUUAGGAAAUAUUUUGGGGUAUCAGCCACUAGAAUCAAAUUGCAACUUUGAUUAAAAAAAAAUAAUCUGCAGAGCAAACUAUGAACAAUGUAGUAUUAAUCUUUUCAUUAUCAGUGACCCAAAGGUGCUUCCUGUCGAACCAGCAGGAUCUUGUUCACAGGAACCUGUGAGACAAAAGUGAGCCACUGAAUGGAAAAUUUCAUCAGUGUAUCUCCUGUCAGUAUUCCACCUACUCUGCAGAAAUUUGCUGAGCUCUACUGCUAACUCAACACCAGGCACUGCAUUGACUGUGCACAAUACUGCCAUUGUUGCAUAGAUUCCUCACUCAGAUAGCAACAGAGGUUUGACACCGCAGUUAUUCAAUUGGUAAGACGUGGGUGAUCAUGAUCUUUCCAUAACCAUGAUUGUUUUUGACAAAUUUUUAUACAGAAUUGGUCCUGCCAGUACCACCUUCCAGCUGGGCAGCGUCUUUAUAAGACGGGUGACCCCAGCCGUUAUCAAUUCUCUUCAGAGAUUGUCUGCCUGGUGUCAGUGAUCACAUAAUCAGGACUUGUGAUCUGCACCAGCUGCUCAUAUGACCAUCCACCACCUGCUCCCAUGGCUUCACGUGACCCUGAUCAGAGGACUAAGCAGGUGCUUCACCUUGCCCAAGGGUGACCUGCAGGCUAGCAGAGGGAAGGAGCACCUUACACCCCCUUUGGUAGAGAUGUAUCUCCACCCCACCACCUUACCAAUGUAGUGCACUGCAUUCAGUGUUGACAAUGUGAUCUCCUGUGUAUUAGGCAAACCAAGUAGGGUGACUACCUUGCCCUCAGUGUUUAGGAGUGAUUCCAAGCCUCCCAUUUCCUGUCACUUUAAAUCUUCAUCCUAUUCCUCUUUUGACCUACAGAACCUUGCUAUGAUCUUCUACACCGUUAUAAUGAGGUCCAAUGCAAUGGAGGGACAGCAUGUCGUCUUUUGUUUGGGUGUGUUUCAGCCUUUCUGGUAUCAUUAUCAAAUUCCUCAGCUUGUGAUGUUAUGGCUAAUACAGUGGAGGUAUAAAGUUAUUUGGAGGAAAGUACAGGGGGAGAUGUCAGAAGUAGGGUGUUUACACACAGUGGUAGGUGCAUAGAAUGCCCUGUCAUGGGUAGUGGUAGCUGCUUUAGGGGCAUUUAAGAAACUUUCACAUAGGCACAUGGAUGAAAAAAAUGGAGGGCAAUGUAGGAGGAAAGGCUUAGAUAGAUCUUGCAGUAGGUUAAGGUGUAUGCACAACAUCUUGGGCCAAAGGGUCUGCACUGUGUAGUACUGUUCUAUGUUCUACAAUUUCUUUAUAUCUGAAUAUCUAGCAGCAGGAUUGCCAACACUUUUCAGAAAUAUUCUUUAAGGUUUCUUGUCCCUCUAAUCAUCCAGCAGUUCUUCUACCUACAUGCAAUGAUUUUGCAACAAUUAAUGUCUCUAACAUUUUUCUUCCAAGUUACCUCAAGUGUCCAAAGAAGUAUUAUUUAACUCUGAGAGACUGUGCGGCAACUUCGGAGAAUUGGAAAUUCUAAUUCGAACAAUUUUCAGUGGUUUGACUUGGAAUUGUGGGUGUACACAUAGGAACUGGGCUGGCACUCCCUGGGAGCUCCACAAAGGAAUUCAUGAUCUUCCCAAUCCACACCUCUGAGACUGGAUCUCCCAACUAUCUGCAACCCACACCGCCAAUGUCCUCAAGUGGAUAUUAAUGAAGGAUGAUGCUUGGGGCAUUGGAAGUAUUCCUUUUGGAAUUGUAUAUCAGUGGGCAGGGAAUAAUUUGUUUCAGUUGAAGUUUAUCUAGGGAAGAGGGAUGAAUUGAUUCUUCAAAUUCUCCGCUUGAAAGGAUUAACGUGGGUCCAUACCCACUGCAGCUUAGAAGAUUGAGGAGAAAAUCUCAUUGAGACUUAUUGAAUAUUGGAAGACCUAGGUAGAGUGGACAUGGGGAAGAUAUUUCCUACGGUGGGAGAGUCUAGGGCCAUGAUGGAAUGGUGGAGCAGAUUUGAUGGGCUAAAUGGCCUAAUUCUGCUCCUAAGUCUUAUAGAAACAUAGAAACAUAGAAAAUAGGUGCAGGAGUAGGCCAUUAUGGAUCAGGAAUAUGCCUUACUUUAAUGAAGAACUCAGAAUUUGUAAACCUUUCCUACACCGUGUUCAAGAUUGUUCUAAGUAAUUUAUUUCCAUAUAUGUCAUGAUCAUGUGUUGACUUGUUACUAAUGCAACAGUAAA